AUGGGCGUACUAACGAAUUUCACAAACUUCAAGACUAUCGCGGCAAGCAUAAAAAAGUACAUACGAUUUAUUGGGCCGGGGCUAAUGGUGAGUGUGGCAUAUAUGGAUCCCGGGAAUUACUCAACUGCAGUAGCAGCUGGUUCUGCUUAUAAGUACAAUUUAUUAUUUCUGAUUCUAUUGUCCAACUGUUUAGCCAUUUUCCUACAAAUACUAGCUGCCAAAUUAGGUGCUGUAACGGGGUUGGAUCUAGCAGCAAAUUGCAAGGCUCAUUUUGGCUAUAGGACGAAUUUGAUACUUUAUGCCCUCACUGAAAUAGCCAUCAUAGCAACAGACUUGGCCGAAGUGGUGGGGACGGCUAUUGCACUAAACAUUUUAUUUCAUAUACCCUUAUUUGCCGGUGUGGUAGUCACAGUUAUUGAUGUGCUAAUUGUGCUAAUGGCAUACCGUCCAAAAGGUCCACUUUUGUUUAUACGGAUAUUUGAGUCAUUUGUGUCAGUAUUGGUAGCAGCCACCGUUGUAUGCUUUGGGAUUGAAUUGUACCAAGUGAGUCACGAUGCAUCAAUUCAUUUCUCGGUGGCCGAGGUGAUGAAAGGUUUCCUCCCAAAUGAGGAUGUUGUUGAUAUGUCUGACAGAGAAGGAGGCAAUGGUUUGUUUUUAAGUUUAGCUAUUUUAGGUGCAACUGUGAUGCCACAUUCUUUGUAUCUUGGUUCUGGGUUAGUUCAAGCAAGAUUGAAAGAUUACGAUAUCAAAAACGGAUUUCACAAGCCAUGGGGUAAGCAUUCUCUAGAAGAACCUAUACAAGAGGACAUCACAGUUCACGAUGAUAACGACAACUUAACUCCAAUAGCGACACCACUAAUCCAGCAUCAGGAACAACCAGGUUUUGAAAAAGAUGAUGAUAGCACUUUUGAUGGCGAUGAAGAAGACGAUGAUCAUUACCGACCUUCGAUACAUGCGAUCAAGGAUACCAUGAGUUACACUAUUGUUGAGUUGGUGAUAUCCUUAUUCACGGUAGCCCUUUUUGUCAAUGCUGCUAUUUUGAUUGUUGCCGGUGCUACAUUAAGAAGUGGUGAUUCAAAGUUUGUUCGAGAUGAUGACGGACACGAAUCAGACUCUGAUUCUGAUGACGAUUAUCAAAAUGCCGAUUUAUUCACUAUAUAUCAUUUAUUGUCCAAGCAUUUGUCGCCAACUGCUGGAUUUGUAUUUGCAUUAGCAUUAUUGUGUUCUGGUCAAAGUGCAGGAGUGGUUUGUACUUUGGCUGGUCAAAUGGUGUCGGAAGGGUUUUUAUCAUGGAGUUUACCGCCUGUUACUAGAAGAUUGAUCACAAGGGCAUUGGCUAUUGCUCCCUGUCUUUUUGUUGUGAGUUUUUCAGGGAGAGAAGGAUUAGCUAAAAUUUUGAAUGCUAGUCAGGUGGUGUUGUCAGUUUUGUUACCAGUUGUUAGUGCUCCUCUUAUUUGGUUCACAUGCAACAAACAUACCAUGAGGGUCCCCAUUUUUGUAAGGGAUGGUGACGAAGAGAUUGAUAUGGAGUAUGAUGGAGAACAGACCACCCUGGUAGUUACAUCGAGAUUUAAAAGUUCUGAACCAGCAAUCAGAUUACAAAAUUUACGUAAUUCUCACCCUUGUGCUAGUUGGGAAGAUGACGACGAUGAACAACAGCAUUUACAAAAUGAAGAGAACAGAUUGUUGGUUGGUGAAAAUACCACUAAUUUGGUUUAUUCACUGCCACCAACAUCGAACUUAAUGUCUCGAUCAAACUCCGUGUCUGCAACAAAUGCCGCAACAGAUAGUCUGUCGUCUUCCAGCACCGCUACACAACUUCCGAUAGAAGUCUAUGAGGAUCUCAAUCAAGAUAUUUUCCGAAUCAAAGGAUAUAAAGAUUUUAGCAAUAGUUUGGCUACAUCUUUUGUGGCGGUGUUGGUUUGGGUAUUUGUUGCCUUUUUGAAUUUAUACUUGAUUGGAAGUAUGCUCCUUGGUUAUGACGUACCAUUGUAA